CGCAGCUGACAGGAAGCAGAAAAUGUCCCUGAAGGAGAUUUGCUUGGUGUUACUUUUAUCCGUCGCUUUGGUGGCUGCAGCAAGCAGAGACCGGAACCGGAAGAAGUAUAAAGUUGUCUGCUACCUCGGCAGCUGGGCGAACUACCGACGUGGUGAUGGAAAGUUCCUCAUCGAACACAUCGACCCUUUCCUCUGCACCCACCUCGUCUACGGUUUUGCGAAACUCAGCGGUAACAAGAUUGCCGCCUAUGAUCCUUACCUGGACUUAAAGGAACACUGGGGCUUAGGUGCAUUUGCGAGAUUUAACAACAUGAAGAAGGCAAACCCUGAAUUGACUACUCUUAUUGCAAUUGGGGGAUGGAACGAAGGGUCCAUUAAAUAUUCCAAGAUGGCUUCAAAUCCUGCCUCAAGAGCCAUUUUUGUUAAAAGCGUGGUAGACUUUUGUCUUAAGUACGACUUUGACGGUUUAGAUAUGGACUGGGAAUAUCCGGCUAACAGAGGAGGUGCUAAAGAAGAUAAGGAAAAUUUCAUUUUUCUCCUUAAGGAUCUAAAAGAAGCUUUCGCGCCUUAUGGGCUAGUGCUGUCUGCUGCUGUAUCCGCAGGACAAAAAACUAUCGACAAAGCUUAUGACAUUGCUCAAGUUGGAAAAUAUUUAGACAUUAUUAAUGUAAUGACCUACGAUUUCCACGGAUCCUGGGAGAAUGUAACAGGUCACAACGCACCUCUUCAUGCCAGAAAAGAAGAAUCAGACGAGCAAAAAAUACUCAAUGUAGACUAUGCUAUCCAGCUGUGGAUUAAGAGAGGUGCACCUAGGAACAAGAUCGUAUUGGGCAUGGGUUUGUAUGGAAGAUCUUUCACUUUAGCUAAACCUUCUGAGAAUGGUAUCGGUGCUCAAGUUACCGGGAAAGGAAAAGGCGGAGUGAUGACGAAAGAACCUGGGAUGCUGGGAUACAAUGAGAUCUGCUUGCAUGUUAAGCAAAAUGGUUGGAAUGUGGUGGUCCCUAAAGGAAUAGAAGCUCCUUAUGCUUAUUUCGGUAACCAGUGGGUAGGAUAUGACGACAAAAAGAGUAUUGCACUCAAGGUAGACUACUUGAUAAAAGAAGGACUGGGUGGAGGCAUGGUGUGGUCAUUAGAAACAGAUGACUUCCGUGGCAAAUGCUUCAAUGAGAAAUAUCCUUUGCUAACUACUAUCUUCACGAAACUGAACGGCCCAGUCGUUAGGCCGACUCGAGACCCCAAAAUCGUUCCGACAACUGAAAAGCCCACCACUGGCCGUCCUAAAGGCUUUUCUUGCAAAAAAGAAGGUUACUUCAGAGAUCCCCAAAAUUGUUCGAGGUUCUUUUAUUGCGCCAAGACAUCUGGAAAUGAAUUUGCCCGGCAUGCAUAUAGCUGCGGAGAGGAUACUGCGUUUGAUGAGCUGACUUCUAGUUGCACUUUCAGGGAAAGAGUUCCCGGAUGUUGAUGCCUACAAGAAUUAGUAUAUUAUGUAAACUAUAGUUGUAUGUCUUAAAUAAAGUUUAUAAUUCUGAGAA